GGAAAGUCAGCUGAAACUGAUGUCUAACCCUGUGUUACACAGGUCUGUCACAGUACCAGGUGAUAUAUGUCAUAUUUCCUGUGUGACACCAGACCGAGUCUGGAUCGGUGAUCAUGAUGGUAAAAAUAUUAUCUUGAUAAACUCAGAGGGUGAUAUACUACAUAUGACAAAUGUAAUGAGCAUGAGGGGACAACACACAGUGAAUCUUACUGGUGAUCUUAUUUACAUAGACAGGGAUGGUAACAUUAUCAAACUCUCACAAGAUAAUAGAACAAAGACUACACUGAUAAAGAAAACAGAAGAAUGGGAACCAAAGUGCAUCUACUCCUCCCACCUCAAUGGCGAUUUGCUGGUCGGUAUAUGGUCCUACAAAAAAGGCAUAAUAGCACGCUAUAAUGGCAGUGGACAACUCAAACAGAUAAUACAGCAUGGAAACACAGGCCAGAAACUGUAUUAUGAUCCUAUCUACAUCACAGAGAACAACAAUGGAGAUGUUAUUGUGUCUGACCUUGGCCAUCAUGCUGUAGUGGUGACAGAUUAUGAAGGAAGACCCCGUUUCUCCUACUCAGGUCCUCCGUCAGGAUCAGGACUUUUUCCACAAGGAAUCUGUACUGACGCGCUGUCACACAUUUUGGUGUGUGAUUUUAUCACCAGCACAAUUCAUAUGAUUGACAGGGACGGUCACUUUCUGUCACUGAUACUGACAAGACCACAAGGGAUAAACGGACCAAUGGGCCUGAGUUAUGACGACAAAUCUCAUCUUCUUUGGGUUGGAUUAUACGGCGGGGAAAAGAAAGUGCGUGUAUACAGAUACAUAGAGAGGCAGGACUAUCUACAAAGCAUAACAAAUCAGAGUAAAAUAAAUAUAUGA